GUUAAAGAACUCUUUUCCUCUUUGGGAGUUGACUGUAAUAUCCUGGAACUUGAUCAAGUUGAUGAUGGGGCCGGUGUUCAGGAAGUGCUGUCAGAAAUCACUAACCAGAAAACCGUGCCCAAUAUCUUUGUGAAUAAAGUCCACGUGGGCGGAUGCGACCAGACGUUUCAGGCACAUCAGAGUGGUUUGUUACAGAAGCUCCUUCAGAAAGAUUCAGCAUAUGAUUACGAUCUCAUUGUCAUUGGCGGUGGUUCUGGUGGCCUUGCCUGCGCGAAGGAAGCUGCCGUUUUGGGAAAGAAAGUUAUGGUGCUAGACUUUGUGGUCCCGUCACCUCAGGGCACAUCCUGGGGGCUCGGUGGUACGUGUAUAAAUGUAGGCUGUAUUCCUAAGAAACUGAUGCACCAAGCUGCCCUUUUGGGGCAGGCGCUACGUGACUCAACCAAGUUUGGCUGGGAAUGUGACCAACAGGUGAGGCACAACUGGAAGAACAUGACAGAAGCGAUUCAGAACCACAUCGGCUCUCUAAAUUGGGUCUACAGGUUGUCUUUGAGGGAAAAGGCUGUGACCUAUGUCAAUUCCUAUGGAGAAUUUGUUGAACAUUAUAAAAUAAAGGCAACCAAUAGAAAAGGACAGGAAACUUGUUAUACUGGGGCAAAAUUCGUCAUAGCAACAGGUCAAAGGCCACGGUAUUUAGGAAUCGAAGGAGAUAAAGAAUACUGUAUUACUAGCGAUGACCUUUUUUCUCUGCCUUAUUGCCCUGGCAAAACGUUGGUAGUGGGUGCCUCUUAUGUUGCUCUGGAAUGUGCAGGAUUUCUUGGUGGCCUUGGCUUAGAUGUCACGGUUAUGGUGCGCUCCAUCCUUCUUCGUGGCUUUGAUCAAGAAAUGGCAGAGAAAGUGGGUUCCUACAUGGAACAGUGUGGUGUUAAGUUCUUAAGAAAGUUUAUACCCGUGGUGGUUCAACAGUUGGAGAAAGGUUCACCUGGAAGGCUGAAAAUAUUGGCUAAAUCCACUGAAGGACCAGAAACUAUUGAAGGAGUAUAUAACACA